CACCACGCUACCUGACUGCACGGGGCUCUGCUAGAGCAUGGCAGAUGAUCCAAGCCCUCAUUGAGGAGAAGGAUACCUCAACAGAAUGUCAAGGGAACUUUUUGCUGUAUUGGCUCCACAACUUUGACCGGCAAGGCCUCAAUCGCGUGGGUUGGGACGCCUUUGAGCGAGAAGCGGGAAGAGUGCUCGCGCGAACGGGGCGAUACUCCGAUAGUAACAGUGUUUCUCUAACUAGACUUCGUGAUCAGAUAUACAUGAAAAAAGUUUGCGUUAAUUGUUCUUGGAUCAAAUGGGCUUCCAUUCAUUGUGAAGAACCAAGCAUAACCUUCCUUGCCGUAUGUGACUUUUUCCAGGCGAUAUCGAGCGCGUGAUUGCGUCAGCUUGGGUCUAUUUGGACGAAUCACGGGACGGAACGAUAUCUAUGGACGAGGUAGAUGUAGUUGCCUCUGACGUAUUGACGAAAUUUCGUGACUGGUGCAAGCGACACUGGGGGUCAGUUCACCAGACAUUUUCGGCGCUGGAUUUAGGUGGCGAUGGAGACAUGUCCUUCACAAUAUUUCGCACCGCGUGCAAGCGAUGGCCAGGAUUUUCAGACGACGACCUUUCCCUGCUCAUCAAGGUGAUUUCGCCUGGCAUGAAUCACCA